UCCCGCCGUUGUUGUCUGGCGGAAGUGGCUCGCUUCUCCCCUGAGGAGGCUGGUUGCGGGGACGUGGCUGCUGCGGGUGGCUCCCGGUCGGGCGCGAUGAAUCUGCCGCGUGGACCCGACAACUUGUGCUUCGAUAAGGAUGAGUUUAUGAAACCAGACUUUGAUGUUGAUCACUUUGUGUCUGAGUGCAGAAAACGUGUUCAGCUGGAAGAACUUCGUGAUGAUCUUGAACUAUACUACAAGCUUCUUAAAACUGCCAUGAUUGAAUUAAUAAACAAGGAUUAUGCAGACUUUGUUAAUCUCUCUACCAACCUGGUUGGCAUGGACAAAGCCCUUAAUCAGCUUUCAGUGCCUUUGGGACAGUUGCGAGAGGAAGUUAUGAGUCUUAAGUCAUGUGUUAGUGAAGAAAUACGUGCAAUUGAUGACCGAUUAGCUAAACAAGAAGAUAUCAGGAGAAAAAAGAUGUGUGUCUUGAGACUUAUUCAAGUCAUUAAAUCAGUUGAGAAAAUAGAGAAAAUUCUACACUCCCAAAACUCAAAAGAAACAUCAUUAGAAGGAAGCAGUCGUCUUCUGACCGGACAGAUAUUAGAGAGAAUUGCUACAGAAUUCAACCAGUUGCAAUUUCAUGCAGUACAGAGUAAAGGAAUGCCCCUUUUAGAUAAGCUGAAACCACGUAUAGUUGGAAUAACAGCAACGUUGCAGCAGUCUCUAGAAGGGCUGCUGUUAGAAGGACUUCAGACCUCUAACAUCGACAUAGUACGACACUGCCUACGUACCUAUGCAACAAUAGACAAAACGCGGGAUGCCGAGGCAUUAGUUGGUGAAGUCCUUGUGAAACCGUAUAUAGAUGACGUGAUUAUAGAACAGUAUGUUCAGUCCCAUCCAAAUGGUCUCCAGACUAUGUAUUCAAAAUUGCUGGAGUUUGUUCCUCUCCAUUGCCGUCUCUUACGUGAGGUAACAGGAGGAGGUAUUUCAAGUGCAAGAGGAAAUACAGUUCCUGGAUAUGAUUUCUUAGUAAAUUCUGUAUGGCCAGAAAUUGUUCGUGGUUUAGAAAUUAAGUUGCCAUCGCUGUUUAAUCCUGGAAACCCAGAUUUAUUUCAUGAGAAAUACAAUAUAAGUAUGGAUUUUGUAAGGAAGUUUGAACGGCAAUGUGGUUCACAAGCCAGCGUAAAAAGACUGAGGUUACAUCCUUCCUACCAGAGCUUUAAUGAUAAGUGGAAUUUGCCAGUUUAUUUUCAAAUAAGAUUUAGAGAAAUCGCAGGGGCUUUAGAAGCAGCUCUUUCUGAUGGCUUAGAAGAGGCUCCAGCUGGAAGUUCAUAUUGCCUUUUGGCAACACACAUGACAUGGGCUAGCUUACAGAAGUGCUGGUCAGCUCAGAUUUUUUUGCCAUUGCUAACUGAUCGACUGUGGAAGCUUUCACUGCAGAUUCUAGCCCGCUACUCAGUCUUCAUUAAUGAGCUUCUGCUCAGGCCUGUCUCUAAUGAAACUAUGAAAGAGCAUAAAAAAACAUGGACAAACAAGGAAUCUCCACUGAGCCCUGUUGAAGAUCAAGGAAAUGAGUCUUGUCCAGAUACUCAGCCCUUACCUUCUAUAUCUACCACUCAGCUUGUGUUUGUUGCUGCAGAUUUGGAUCAACUUCAGGAAUGGCUUCCUGAACUUUUGGAAAUGAUCAAGCCAAAACUUGAUAUGAUUGGCUUCAAGAAUACAGCUUGCAUCUCAGGUGCACUAGAAGACUCAAAGAAUUCUUUACUGGGUUGCUGGCCAACCUUAAACAGUAAGAUUAUUCAGGACUUAAAUGAUUCUUGCUUUAGCUGCUUGAAAAGUGCCCUGGAAAUCCCAAGGCUAUAUAGAAGAACUAACAAGGAGGUGCCAACCAAGGCAUUGCCCUAUGUUGAUAGCGCUCUUAAACCUUUCCAUCAACUGAAGAAUGAUUACAAAGAUACAUUAAAGCCAGCUGUGAUUGAGGAAUGGCUUGAAGGAGCUCUCAAUACAAGCACUCAGAAGUACUUGGAUACAAUAUCAGAUAUUCUGAGUUCUGUAAGGAAAAUGGAAGAGAGUCUGAAAAGGCUGAAACAAGCCAGAAAAACUGUGACUGCCAAUAACCCCUCUCCUUAUGGAGGCAUGAGUGAUGACAACAAAAUCCGCCUACAGUUAGCCCUGGAUGUGGAACAUUUUGGAACGCAGAUGGAGAAGAUGGGGAUGCAGUUGAGCAACAUUAAAAGUUUUUCCGCUCUUUCGGAGCUUGUUCAAGCUGCUAAAGAUCAGGUGGCCACCGAACAAACAUAGCAUAAUUUCCAGCUUUAUAAUGAAGAGACCUAACGUCC